AUGACAACAACGGGACUUCCUAUACUUGCGAUUUGUGAGCCUUCGAUCUUCAAUGACAUUCAGAAGACAGCUCGAUUAUUUGGCGGAAUGCCAAUUGCUGUAUUAGGCAUGAUCACAAAUACAAUAAAUAUCAUUGUUUUCAUUGAUCCUGAGAUGAGAUGUAGUUUGGUCAAUCAUUUUCUAUUGGUGUUAUCCGUCUCAGAUCUGUUAUUAUUAAUAUGUAACUUCUUCAUGUUAACAUUUCCUGUCAUAGCAUCAAUGAGUGAUUCAGUUGCAUUACAUGAUACUUAUCCCAAUAUCCUCUGGUAUUCAUUUCCAAUUGGAUUGAGUACGCAGACAUGUGGAGUUUACCUAACUGUUCUUGUAUCUGUUCAUAGAUAUUUGGGUGUUUGUCAUCCGUUUCGUGCCAAACGUUGGGUUAGUGGGAAGCCAGUUAAAUGUGCCAUAAUUGGAUCAAUAAUCUUCAGUAUUGUCAUAAACAUCCAUACAUGGUUUGAAUUGAACACAGCUGAAUGUUACUCCAAGGAGUUCCAACGAACUAUUCAAACAAUCCGUUUGACAGAACUUAAAACGAAUCACACAUAUAAUGUGAUUACUAGAUGUAUUCUUUAUACUUUGGUUAUGUUUGUAAUUCCUUUUAUUGCUUUGAUUAUCGUCAAUUGGAAAAUUAUUGUCGCUCUAAAGGAAAGUACCAGAAUGAGAAAUUUGCAUUCGUCCAGAAAAACCAACCAAUCUCGUUUAAUGCACAAUUUUCGUCUUUUGCGAAACGCCAAGUAUUCUGAAUUAUUUGGAAAAUUCAGUAAACUAAACUUCAAUCCAUUACGUAAUCCAUCAUUAUUAAAAACAAAUGGAAAUUCAGUCAGAGAUCGAAGUGUCACCUUGAUGCUUCUUGCUAUUGUCGCCAUCUUCCUAUGUUGUAACUGCUUAGCUUUCUGUAAUAACAUUUAUGAAAUCGUACGAGAUGCUACUGCAGCUGAAGACAUCUCAAUGGAAGCCUCCACUAGCAACAAUACAGAAGCAUAUGACUCAGCUAGCAGUCAAGAUACAUUUGAUUUCUCCGUCGAACUCAGCAACAUCCUCAUUUCACUCAACUCAUCAUCUUCUAUGUUCGUCUAUCUCAUAUUCAGCAGCAAAUAUAGAUCCAUCAUCAAACACUGGUUGGGAUUAGAGAAACGAAAGAAGGUUAACGGAGUUGCUUUGACAACAGCGAUGGUUGCUCAGAAAGCCCUGGAGUUAUCCAUAUUACCGGAUGAAGCUGAAGCUAGAAGAAAUCGAAGAGAGGCUCGCCUGGGAAUGUUCAUCAAAAAAACAAAAGCAAUUCGGAACCAAUUAACAAGUGCUCAUAGUGUUGGCUCAGUUAAUGAUGUUCGAGAGGCUUUAUCAGACGAAAACUGUGAAGUAGUCGGAGAAGCUGGAGAUGAUUUAGACAUUGAUCGAGAUAGUUCACAUCGAACAAGUUCACGACGAAAGUUAUUGCGAUUUGCAACAAUACAAUGA